GUUGUCUUCUACUUCGAGGCCGUCCGCCGCGAGUUCCACCACCCUGUGCGCGUCAACUUUUUCUUCGCGCCCUGGAUUACCUGCCUCUUCCUUGUCAAGGGUGUGCCACACCCGGUGUGGGAGAUCCACCAUGUCGUCUGGUACCUUCUCAUGGCGCCCAUCUUCUGGCUCGAUAUCAAGAUCUACGGCCAAUGGAUGUCCAGUGGUGAGAGGCGCCUCUCCAAGGUGGCCAACCCAUCCAACCACCUUGCCAUUGUCGGCAACUUUGUCGGCGCGCUACUUGGUGCCAGGAUGGGCCUCCGGGAGCUACCAAUCUUCUUCUUCGCUGUUGGGUUUGCCCACUACGUUGUGCUCUUUGUCACCCUCUAUCAGCGGCUCCCCACCAAUAUGCAACUCCCCAAGGAUCUCCACCCGGUCUUCUUUCUUUUCGUCGCUGCGCCUAGUGUGGCAUCCAUGGCCUGGACGAGGAUCUCUGGCGAGUUCAACGAUGGUGCCAAGCUCCUUUACUACGUCUCACUCUUCCUCUAUGUGUCAUUGGUGGUGCGCGUCAACCUCUUUUGGGGGUUUAGGUUCUCGCUGGCGUGGUGGGCAUACACAUUCCCGAUGACAAGUGUUGCCCUGGCGACGGUAUUGUAUGCAUCAGAGGUGGACAACUUGGUGACGCGAGCAAUGGCACUCGGGCUUUCGGGGAUUGCCACCAUGACCAUCAUUGUGGUGCUGGCCGCCACCAUGUACCACGCCUUUGUGCGCGGAGACCUCUUCCCUAAUGAUGUGUCCAUCACCAUCACAAAGCAGAGACCUAAAUUCAGCAAGAUUCUCGCUCACCUUCAGACGUGUGGCCCCGAUGUCAAGGAGCUCGUUGUCUCUAUCCCCAAUUUCAAUUCAAAUUCCAAGCAAGGCACCUACUCUGACGACUCUGACUCCAAUGCUAGGAUGAACAACUGACUCGAUGAGGGUCCAAUGACUCACAUGCAUGGAAGAGCAUGGCGUUAGAUGGCGCUGGAAGACAUUGUAUGCAUGGAAUGCACGCGCAUCUGGUUUACAGUGAUGAGUACAAACUCAUUUGUACAUAAUUCUUUCUCUGUGUUUGUUGAAGUAUCAUAAUUUGCCAAUUUUGCUGCACACAGUGAUGGAUUGGCAGCAAUAUCCUCGAGCAAUUUGCAUUGCCAUGAUGAUGAUAUGAUUUCAGGAAUAAACUGUUGGGUUUGUAAAUUUAGUGGUUAUUAUAUUCGUGUUCUUCAGAAGUGCACAUAAACCUCAGUCACAUUUUUAGAACUCCAGUGCCAUCUAC